AUGCCACAGAAGUGUCCAUUAUGUGGCUAUGCAGCUUUGGAUGCUACUACCAUGCGGCGUCACAUACGCACACACACUGGGGAGAAACCAUUUGCUUGUGAACUUUGUUCAUACCGCUCUACUCUGAAGGCCAACCUCAAACGACAUAUUGCAAAUAAACACAAAUUCAUGCCUGAUGUGUAUGUUACAAAACUGCACAUUAAUUAUUCCAGUAUUUCUAACUUUGAUACCACUUCAGUGGAGGGCGGUGCAGUAGCAGCAGUGGCAGCAGCACUGCGGGUGUGCUCGGUGUGCGGCAAGAUGGGUUUCCGACGAACGUAUGAUCUCCAACGACAUAUGCUCUCUCAUGCAGCAGUUCGACCCUUCCAGUGCCCUCAUUGUCCUUACAGAGCAGCCCUCAAGUACAACCUUGAUGCUCAUAUUCGACUCAAACAUCCAGAAGAAGCUCAGUCUGUACAAAGGAAUAGAGAUCCAGGAUUUACAAGUGGAAAUUUGACAGGAUCUGUAGCUCAAGGAGCACUACAACAACAAUCCUGUGAAACAUCUGAUAAUGGAAACAGCUUUAUUCAAGUUGAAUGA